GAAAACUUCAAUGGAGAAGAGUAAUGGCCUACGAGUGAUUAUGUUCCCACUUCCUAUACAAGGCUGCGUUAACCCUAUGUUUCAGCUCGCAAAGAUCCUCCACUCAAGAGGUUUCUCCAUCACUGUGAUCCACACGCGCUUCAACGCUCCAAAAACUUCAAACCACUCUCUCUUCACCUUCUUAGAGAUCCCAGACGGCUUGUCUGAAAAAGAUAAAAGCACUCACGAUGUCACACUUCUCCUGACGCUUCUUAACCGAAGCUGUGAGGCUCCGUUUCGUGAAUGUUUGACUAAAUUGUUGCAAGAGAAACAGAGGAUUAGCUGUUUGAUCGAUGAUGCUGGAUGGAUCUUCACACAACCUGUUGCUCAGAGUCUGAAUCUCCCGAGAUUGGUUACUAAUACCUAUAAAGUCUCCUUCUUUGUAGGUCAUUUUGUUCUUCCCCCGCUCCGCCGUGACAGAUAUCUUUUACAGCAAGGUUCAGAACAAGAUGAACCAGCAGAGGAGUUUCCACCGCUUAGAAAGAAAGAUCUCUUACAAAUCCUCGAGGGAGAAACAGAAGUUCUAGACUCGUACUCGGAUAUGAUCUUGCAAACGACAAAGGCAUCUUCAGGUCUUAUUUUCGUGUCAUCAUGUGAAGAAUUGGAUCAAGACUCACUCAGCCAAGCACGUAAAGACUUUCAACUCCCCAUCUUUGCUAUUGGACCUUCUCAUAGCUACUUCCCGGGCUCUUCUAGUAGCUUGUUCACACCGGACCAGACUUGUAUUCAGUGGUUAGACAAACAAGAAGACAACUCAGUGAUUUACGUGAGUUUCGGAAGCGUCGUGAACAUCACUGAAUCAGAGUUACUAGAGGUUGCGUGGGGCCUAAGAAACAGCGAGCAGCCUUUCUUGUGGGUGGUACGUGUUGGUAUGGUCAAUGGCACGAAAGGAGUCGAGGCUAUACCUGAAGAGCUGAUGGAGAGGCUUGAGGAGAAGGGGAAGAUAGUGAAAUGGGCACCGCAACAAGAAGUUCUAAAGCAUCGAGCCACUGGUGGAUUCUUGACACAUAAUGGUUGGAACUCAACGGUGGAGAGUGUUUGUGAAGGUGUACCUAUGAUUUGUGUGCCUUCUGUAUGGGAUCAGUUGCUUAAUGCAAGAUUUGUUAGUGAUGUGUGGAUGGUGGGGCUUCAUCUAGAGGGUAGGAUUGAGAGAGAUGAGAUAGAGAGAGUGGUGAGGAGAUUGUUGUUGGAACCUGAAGGUGAAGUGAUCAGAGAGAGGAUGAAACUUCUUAAGGAGAAAGUAGGAAGAUCGGUUAAAGAAAAUGGUUCGGCUAAUCGAUCUUUGCAAGAUUUGGUUGAUUAUAUAUCAUCUUUCUAGAUUUUUAUGUGUGUUUUGAUUUCUUUGCUCCUUUUUUUUUGUUUUAUCUAAUAAAUUGUUAAGUCCUCCACUGUGGUUGGCAUUGUUGAAAUAAAACAAGACUAAUA